AUGGUCGCUUGUCUGAUUGUUUCAAUGAAGUUGCUCUCCCUCUCCGUGUGGCCAGGGCUCCUGUUAGCUGGUGUCAGCUAUGCUGCCCCGACCAGCUCAGCCCUGGACAAUGGCAAUGCCAGCGUCUCUGGCUCCGUCGACAAUGCCCUAGUCGCUCGCGCGGUUCUCGAAAAGCGCGAGGUCUUCUUCGGCUGCAGCGAUACAAACUUUUCGCCGUAUCUCUCUCAGGCAAUUGAAGACGGCAGAACGAUUAUCAGUAACGCGGUGGACCACCUCGAGCUGGCAAUCAGCCUCUACGACGAGGACGGAUCCGGCCGACUCAAGCAGACCAAGGACGAGAAAUCUAAGCGCACCUUCGACGAGCACAAUGCAUGGGCCACUUACUCGCAGUUCGUUUCGAAGCUGAGAUGGUCUAGCAAGACGGAGGACGGGCUUGCCAAGAGUAAGACAGCGCUGAAGAAAAUCAAGGGGACAAGGGACUUCGCCAAGUCACUGGUGAAGCAGUAUGACAAUUAUAUGGCUGGGCGAUCUGUGCCGUGGAUACGUGGCGGAAUCCCGUAUAUUCGUAUUUACUGCAAUGAGGAGGCCUAUCUAUCCGUUCGGGACAGUAACGGCCUGACAUACACGGAAUCUCACCCCGACUAUCAAGACUGGUUUGAACACCAAGGCAGCAUAUAUUACAUGCUCCUGCAAACAGAAGGGACCGAACUGACCGGGAAGGAAGUCUGGGUCCCGCGGAGAGACGUCUGCCCACUCAAUCAGGGCCCAACGCAAACCCGGUUCGGUCAGGUGCCUGCUAGAAAAGGAAUCAAAGCGUACGUAAGCCACCCGCGCGAUGGACUCGUCGAGGAGACAAUGACCUUCUGUCCGGCGGAGUUCGACCAGUGGAUUUCGGUCGACCAGGAUCGCAUAGCGCGGGGUAUCCACUAUCGUGACCUGCAUGUCAAGAUCGGUGGAAGUCCGAGUGAGCAUCAGAAAGGUGCAAUAAGCACGCUCUUGGCGGAUCCGGAUAUCACUGCCGAUCAGGGGUUCAGUAGGGGGAUGAUGUGGCUGGGGAGAUUCUUGACGGCGACGAUGAUCCACGAGUCAACGCAUUCUGAGGCGUUUGCGGGUGGUCUGAAAACGUUGAUCGACGUGAAGUGUGAUGACGGCGAUGUGGCGACAUCUCCUAAUUGCAUGGACGCAAUCGCCAAGGGGGAGCAAGGGAAAGAUGCAGAUGGAAAUCCCCAGGGAGACAGGGAUGCAGAGACAUUUGCUGCUUAUACCAUGGGUUCAAACCUCAGGAAAGAGGAGCCUAGGAGGACUGUUCCCUAA